AUGAAGGAAGAGAAUAGCUCCGCUGAAGCCGUCUACGUCGAUGCUGAGGCUCAAGAUGACCUCAAAGCUGGCAAUUCUGGCCAUACUGGAGAUGCGAUGCUCACUGCAGGACAUGGAGGGGAGACACAACGUGGCAUGAAAUCGAGGCAUAUCCAGUUUCUUGCGCUCGGCGGUGCAAUUGGUACUGGUCUUUUUGUUGGUUCGGGUUCGAUCCUAUCGACGGUCGGACCUGCGCCUCUAUUGAUGGCAUACCUCUCAAACAUGAUUAUCGUCUGGGUCGUGAUGAACGACCUCGCCGAAAUGGUCACAUAUUUACCUAUGAAAGGUAUUACUAUUCCAUACUUUGUUGGUCGUUAUGUCGACAAGAGUCUUUCGUUCGCGUCAGGGUACAAUUACUGGUAUGCCUACUCGAUUCUUGUUGCAGCUGAAGCUGUAGCGGGAGGUAUCUUGCUGAGCUAUUGGGCACCAAACGUCAAUCCUGGUGUAUGGAUCACUAUCUUCCUAGUUUUGGUCUUCGCCCUCAACAUGAUCGCGGUGUCCUUCUUUGGUGAAGCAGAGUUCUGGUUCGCCUCAAUCAAACUCAUUACAAUCACUGGUCUGAUAAUCCUGGGAUGGGUACUCUUCUUUGGAGGCGGACCGAAUCAGGAUGGGGUGGUUGGGUUCCGCUACUGGAACAACCCAGGUGCAUUCAACGAAUACCUGGUCGCUGGUAGUACCGGAAGAUUUCUUGCUUAUUGGACAGCCUUCGUUCGAGCAGGCUUCGCGUUCAUAACUUCGCCGGAACUGAUCGCACUUGCUGCUGGUGAGGUCCUCGCACCACGAAGAAACAUUCCAAAAGCUGCGAGACGAUACGUAUAUCGCCUCUUGUUGUUCUAUGGCAUGGGAUCCUUCAUCAUUGGAGUCAUUGUGCCAUUCAACAACGAACGCCUCUUAUCCCCAGAGUCCAAUGCCAGCGCCUCACCGUUUGUCAUUGCCAUCCAGAAUGCUGGCAUCGGCGGACUGAACCACGUCAUCAAUGCGGCGAUUCUCACCUCAGCCUGGUCUGCUGGUAAUGCCUUUCUCUACUCGGGCUCAAGAAUUCUCUAUGGCCUUGCACUCUCCGGCCAGGCACCAAGGUUCUUCGGCCGGACUACGAAAAGAGGAAUUCCUUGGGCUGCAGUGCUCGUAACAUGGCUUCCAGGGUGUCUAGCUUAUCUUACAGUAUCCGAUACCAGUGCCGUGGUUUUUGAUUGGUUCGUUAACAUCUCGACAAUAAGUGGUUAUGUAGCCUGGAUCGUGUGUCUCAUCACAUACCUGCGCUUCCGCGAGGCGUUAUCUCAUCAAGGCCUCCUACAUACUCUGCCUUACAAAACGCCAUUCCAGCCAGCUGCUACCUGGAUCGUUCUCGUCGUAUUGACUAUCUUGACAAUUACGAACGGCUUCCAGGUCUUCUUUCCUUCGAAUUGGUCCAUAUCUGGUUUCUUAGCAGCAUACAUUACCAUACCAAUCUUUCUGGCACUCUACCUCGGCCAUAAACUUGUUCGAAGGACAAAAUUUUACAUCGGGGUAGCCGAUAUCGAUGUUAUCUCCGGCAAGAAGGAGAUGGACGAGUAUUGUGCAUUAGACGAAGAACCUGUUGCUAGAAACUGGCUACAUAAAUGCUGGCUGUGGCUCGCAUAA